GCUGCCCGGGCUCGCCGGUUAAAGCGCCGCGCUCUCCCGACCCUUCGUCUCGUCCCUUUCUCUUCUCAGCAUCUCGCCAGCUCACUGGGCGGCAGCCAGCGGUGGGAGGAAGCGGCCUCAAGGAUGAAGUGCAAGCCAAACCAGACGCGCACCUACGACCCGGAGGGGUUCAAGAAGCGGGCGGCGUGCCUGUGCUUCCGGAGCGAGCUCGAGGACGAGGUGCUGUUAGUGAGUAGCAGUCGGUACCCCGACCGCUGGAUCGUGCCGGGUGGGGGCAUGGAGCCCGAGGAGGAGCCGUGCGGUGCGGCGGUCCGAGAGGUGUACGAAGAGGCGGGAGUCAAGGGGAAGUUAGGCCGGCUCCUGGGCGUAUUCGAACAGAACCAAGAUCGCAAGCACAGAACGUACGUGUUCGUACUGACCGUCACUGAGCUGCUGGAGGAUUGGGAAGAUUCGGUUAACAUUGGGAGGAAACGAGAGUGGUUCAAAAUCGAAGAUGCCAUCAAGGUUCUCCAGUGCCACAAGCCCGUGCAUGCCGAAUAUCUGGAAAAACUAAAGCUGGGCGGUUCCCCAACCAAUGGAAACUCCGUGGCCCCGUCCGUGCCUGAUAGCGAUCCCUAGUGAAUGGCAUAGAUGUUGCUCAGAUUUACUUAGAAAGAAUCAAGUAUGUGAACCCAGUGAUAACUGGAAUUUUGAAGCACAGGGGACACGGCUCAUCCUAUGCUUUUGGACGCUUCUUUCUUAUAUUACAAUGACUAUUCUUCAGGUUGUUGCACUACCACUGUAUCUGUAUAGAAUUUGGCACCUGUGGCCUUUUUUGUGCUUUUAUGAUUAUGUAUCUGUAUUUCUCACCAGGUUAUAUGACCUUGAAUGCAGGGAACUUGUUUCCUUAGUCUUUUUAUAUCUAACAUAAAUGACAUUGCUUAAAAUAUGGUAGACAUCAUCUGAGGAUUUGUUUAAAAAAUAAUAUUUUGUAAUGAUACUCAGUGUAAAACAUUCCCCUUCUAAUCUGUGUAGCAUAUAUGUGCUUCUUAUAUAUUAGGUGUAACGCAAACUGUUUUAAGGCAGGUG